AUGAAGAAGGCACCUCCAAGACAGCCCGAGGUGGGCGGGGAGGAGGAGGCGGCUCCUGAGGAGAGCAGGCCCGCAGCGGAGCCUGCCGAGGUGACCACGGUGCAGCCGUUGGAGCUCAAUGAGAGCUGGGUACCUGCUCAUGCACGGCAUUCCGUGGACUUCAUCCGGGCCUUUGCCACCAGCCCCAUCAAGUUCCAGGAGGAGGAGCAGAAGGAGGAGUUCCUCCACACCAUCGCCAUGCUGUGCACAGAUGCCCAUCUCCACAACUUCUCCGAGGAACUGACUGAUUUCUGCAGCAGAUACAAGCUGGUGGAGACGAUCCAGAUGCUGCUGGUUUUGGAGCCCAGGGACGAGAUCUGCAGCCGGCUGCGGUGGCUCGCCAUGCUCGCCUUUGGCAGACUGAGCAUCAUCGGGAUGGUGCUGGAGACCAAAAAGAUUUUAAGGCUCUGCUUCAACAGCCUCUUUUUCCUUCGUCCAUGCUGUGAAAUGCCAAGCGCGCAAGCAACCCUCUGCACUCGGGCCCUGCAGUCCAUGGACACCAUGCUGGAGGUGAUGGUGCUCAACUCUGCCGACUCCAAGGGCCGUGAGAUGCUGCAGGACAUCUUGGAGGUUCUGCUGGACUACCUGUUCUGUGACAUGGAAGCAGUGCAGGAGAGGGCCAUGGGCAGGAUUAGGCUGCUGAGCCGUUUCCUGGCUGACUCUGUCACCAAGCAGGCUGAUGAGGAUGAGGAUGAGGAUGAGGAUGAGGAUGAGGAUGAGGAUGAGGAUGAGGAUGAGGAUGUGGAUGAGGAUGAGGAUGAGGAUGAGGAUGAAGAUGAGGAUAAGGAUGAGGAUGAGGACGAUGAUGCUCCCAGAGAGCAGAUCCAGAUGCCAGUCCUGGGGAAGCUGCUGGGCCAUCUGUUUUUCAAGUUGUUCAGGCCACAAGAAACCAUCUCAAUGGUGGUGGAAAUUCUCUGCUCCCUCAUGACGUUCCUCUCUGUGCAGAAAUGUGACAUGCCAGAGAGCCAUUUCCUGCCCCCAGAGGACUGGGAAUCUGAGAUCAACUCCUGGGUGAACGCGCCCUGCGCCUGCAAAGUUCAGGCCUUUGGGAAAUACCUCAGGCCUGAAGAGAGGACAGACGUCGUCCUUGAGGCCAUCGAGAUCUUGGGACGCUCCAACCUCCUGAACAAGCAGGGGCCAGUGGAGUUUCUGGAGGAGGCCAUGAAUUGCCCUGAGAUGUGGCUGACGGAUGUGCCAAAGGUCGUGAGACACAUCUUUCACUACUGUGACGAGAAAAACACAGCCCUCGAUGACAGCUUUCACUCCCUCCUCGUGCUGAUGGUGAAUAAGUGGCCUGGGACGGUCAUCACCACAGCUCUGGAGGCCACGCCCAAUUUCAGCGACAAAGUCAGCGUGUGGAAGGCGAUGUUCUCCGGGCGCCAGACGCUGGAGAAGGUUCUGAAGGAGCUGCAAGGCCAGUACUGGCAUGACAACGUCUUCACUGGGGAGCAGAGAUCGUGCCUCAUUUUCUUGUCUGUGCUGGCCUACGGUGACAUGCUGGAGAACCAAAUCAGGCCACUCUACCAGAACUUGAGCCUUCUGACUCCAAAGAUGGAAAUGGUCCCUCUGGUGCUCAGGGCUCUCAAGACGCUGUCGGAGAGCGCCGAGACGGCAAAAGUAAUGAAGGGCCUCCUGCCUGAGAUGCUGACAUUCCUGGGGACUUGCUCUUGGGACAUUUCAGUGAUGGCCUUGGACAUCUUCCACAACAUUCUGGGGCACGUGAAGAAGAAAGAGGCCAGCAGCACGGCUUUGAAGGCGGUGCGGAGGCUCCGGAGCCUCUUUGAUGCGGAGGAAGACUGUGUGCGGGAGCGCUCCAUCUCCCUCUUCAGAGAGCUGCUGGGUAAAACGACAUGGAGGGACAAGGAGGCCAUGAGGAGAAACUCAUGGAAGGCCCUGGUGCAGCUUGUUCUUCACAUGAGUGACCAGGCCCCCAGCGUGGCCAAGGCCUCCAAGGAAGCCGUCGUGGCUGUUGCAGAGCUCCUCAAGUGGAAAGAGCUCAAGGAGCUGGUGCAGAAAGAGCAGAUAUGGAAGAUGGGCGAGUGCUUGCUGGCCAAGGACAGCAGCAGGGCUGAACAGUUCGUGCUGGACAGCCGGCCCUACCUGCUGAGCCCUCAGGCCUCCCUGCGAGAGGCGGCCCUCAGGAUCUUUGGCCUGGCUGCACGGCACCUGACAGAGCAGAACGAGGAGACCAUGGCUGCUGUCCUCUCGGAACUCGGCACAAUGGAGACACGAGAGAAGGAUCCCUCCAUCCGUUGCCUGGCAGCUCAGACCAGCCUGAUCCUCACCUCUCUGAGGGACCAGCGAAAAUCGGGAUUGUCCCUGCGCACGCUGUGCUGCUGGUGCCACUGAGCAGAGAGGGACCUUCACAUCCAGGGACACCAAGUCCGACACCUGCUCAACCAUCAGGUGUGCAAAGGACGCCCUGGCUUUGGAAGGUCCCUCUCAAAGCGCGGCCAUGACCGGCCGCUCAAAACGAGGACAGAGAUCCAAAUCCUGGUCCUGGGGAAGCUGCUGGGACAUCUUUUCAAGGCACUCAAGACACAAAAACUGAUUUAUGGCUCUGGAUGGCCUCUGCAGCCGCUCCAAGUCCAUCUGUUGGCCACAGAGAAGGCUCCUCGGUGCCCGGAUCUGGCUCUCUGAAAUCCUCAUGGAGGAGUCGGUGUGGCUGGAUCCAAGCCCAGCCACAGACCGCUCCGAACCCCCUAUAACUCUAUAAAAUUAAUUACUUUAGGUAUAUCAUUUAUAUAAGUAAACAAGAUAGAUAAAUUAUAUAUGUUCCUAACAUAUCUAUAUAUUAGGAACAUAUAUAUAUUAUUAAUAUAUAUUAGGUAUUUUAUGAAAAUAUAUAUACAUUAGGAGUUUAUAAUAUAGAUAAUGAGUUUAUUCAAUAAAUGUUAUUGUCUAUUACAUAUAUGAAUUUGAUUUUUUUUUUUAUUAAAUAAAGAGCUUACUUAAAUUGACUACAGAAUUGAUAAUGACUGCAGCAUAUAGGUAGCUCUACCUAUUAAUAAAGUUCGCCAUUUUUGAAAGAA